UCAACACAGCCUUCUACAACACACUAGCUCUACGACCUUCUGGUUGAUUUUGAAAUUUCCAACACAAUUCUUCGAUUAUUUACAUUGAAAGAAGUUGUUAUAAUCAGUAAAUGUGCUUCUUGAGAAAUGGAGGACGGCCCUGAUAUUGAAGCUAACUCGAACAUACGGUUCAUCACACAACAUCAUGCAGUUUUUCCUUCUGAUGAAGUGAAACUGUCGAAUGACCAUUGCAGUUUGGUAGCUGUUGCUGGCAAAUAUGGUUUGAUUUUCGUUGGCUGUGGGACAAUUAUCAAAGUGUUUGAAACCAAAAGUGUGGUGGAGGCUGGAGAGAAUCCUUUGGCAACUGUAAAUACUGGUGCUACUAUAACCCAUGUUUCUAUCAGUUGUGAUGGCCUCACACUCAUGGUCAUCAUCCUUCACAAUAAUACGUCACAUGCCCUCUUCUAUGAGAUUCGCAACUUUGCGCCACAGUGUGGAGAUCAAAAACCAUUUGUCAGCAUAGCAGUGAGCACUAGCAGUGGAGUAAGAGUAGAGGGACUCGCUUGGAACCCCCUUGAUCCUAGUAGUGUUGCUUUAGCAACUUCCCCUGGCUCACUUGCAAUCAUCACUCUCAAAGAUAAUGGAGUAGAUAUCAGCUCAAAAGAUAUUAAAGCUCGAGCUGUGGGAUGGUCUCCAAAGGGAAAGCAGUUAACAGUGGGCUUGGCAGAUGGAACACUUGCAUUGUUUAAACCAGAUCUGACUCCAGUACGGGCUGUGCCUCGGCCACCCAUGGAUGGCAUUGGCCCAGUGCUUAGUAUAACUUGGUUUAGCAAUACAGAAUUUUUCAUUAGCUACAAGGUUGAGCCCGAGGACAUUGGUCAUGUGAUGAUGUAUGUGAAUGCCCCUAAAGCCAAAGAACCAAGAUUUGUUACUUAUGACUUCUUGUGCAACUACAAUCAAGGCCCUCGACCACCCAUGUUUUAUCCUGCCUUUUUUGCUGAAUGGAGCCUCUUGUGUGUAUUAUCAUCACGAGCCAUUCAGCUAGGAGUCUUGGGGCACUCUGGAAAAGAAAGUAAUGUCACUUGGUGUGAAUAUGAAAUAGAAGAAGGUGCUGUAGCAGAGGUGCAUAAUGUCUCUGUAACUGAGGAAACAUUUCCUUUGGGGAUAGCUGUGGAUUUUACAUCACAAAAGGUUUUUAUGAGUAAAGAUCAGAUCUGCUCUGGCCCUUGCCCAGUAAUUUACACUUUAUCAACUGGGGGAGAACUCAAUAUGUUCCACGUAGUUAAUUGUAAACCUGGUAUUGAUCCUCUGGUCUGCCAACUGGAGGACUUACCCAAAAGUGGACACCGCAGUCCACAACAGUAUGGAGCUGCUAGUUAUAUUGUUCCAGCAUUGGGAGUUCCUGCUGCCAUCCCCACAUUUUCUGCCAGUGUACCCGCUGAUGCCACACCUUUAACCUUAAAUGUACCAGUACCUGUAGCAGCAGCAACAUCUUCUGCAUUUGCUGGGAAAGCCUUUCCUGUUAUGCCAUCUUUAUUUAACAGCUCCACAUCAGGACAGCAAGUUGGAUCACUGUUGGGACCAAAAAUAGCCCCCUUUUCUCAGUCAACAGCUAAUACUGCAAAGUCAAGCUUUUCAUUUACAAAGCCCACUUCCAGUCCUUUUGCUCCUAGUAUUCCUGUCACAGGCAGUUCAGUGUUUGGAACAGCAAAAGAAUUACCUGCAUCACUUUUCAAGAUAGCCCUUGUUUCCCAGCCAUCCAUUUCAUCAUCAUCUGUCUUGACACCCAGCACUGUAGUGCCAUCUGCAACACCAUAUAGUCUUGAAGUAAAGAGUGAAGCUAGUAAAGCAUCCUCUGGUGGAAACAGCACUCCACAAAUACCAGCAAACACUUUAGGGCAGGGAUUAAAGUUUACCUCUGUUCAGUUGCCACAAGCCAAUAUUGCUACUGGGAGUAUUAGUCGGGGAAAACCAGCCCUCAACCCAGUGAGCUCAACUCCUGUAAAACUUAAUUCACCUACUCCUGACACAACAAAGCAAGUCGAUAGCCAGCCUAGCAGCAAAUCUCAAAGUCCAGCACCUGCCACUCAAUCAACACCACUAGGAAGAGAUAUAGAUGAAGGUCUUACAUCAACUAUUGAAAUCGCACAAUCCCAGUUUGAUGAGGAACUACAGAGUCAUGUAAACAUCAAUCAAUCUAACAAGGAGGUUGGCAAACACCAUGAAAUGGGAAGUAUUCGACAGUCUCUAGCUCAAGAGGCAGAAUGGAUCGCCCAGAUGUCCACUACUACAUCGGAGUUGACAAGAGAGGUGACAGAUUUGCAUUCUGAGAUUGUGGAUGCCUAUACAUUGUUAGAGGAAGCUGAAGCACAACUCAACAAAAGCAAAAAUCCUCGGCACAACUUGUCUCUUCAGUGUCGGCCACUGGACCCUCAUAGUCGCAAGAAACUUGAAGAAAUUCGCUCUUUAUAUCAGUAUCUUCAAAGUCAGCUGGUGGAGGUGAACACUAGGCUUCACCUAGAUUGGGUAGCCUUUACAAAUAACAUGAAAAACAAGAAAAAACAAGGGUUACCUGAAACAGAAACUCUCUACCAAGCUCUGAGUAAGUACCACAGCCUUCGAAGGAUGCGUGAGAGAGAAAUAAAUACAAUGUGUGACCGAUUCAAAGCUCUUCAACUCAAUUAUCUGGCCUUUGAACUUUCAUCAUCCCAUUCUCAAUAUGAUGAUGAUGAAACUUUAGCUAACCUUGAGCGAACCCUGAGAGAGACGACACUUUCCCCAAACACAAACGUUUCACCAUUCAAAAUGCUUCCUCCCAAGGAGCAGAACAAAUUACAGAUGGCACUGUCACAGAGACGCACAAUUCCUUUAAGGAAAUGUACAAACUUCCCCAAGAUGGAUCUCAACUCUCUUGAAAGCCUUUCCUCAUCUUGUAGUCAUGAAGGAUCUCCAGAUAUAUCAUCUGUGUUACACAAUACGCAACCUUCUUUUUCAAGCAAUCUAGAGUCUUCCAUGUCGGCAUCCUUUGGACCCCAGACAUUUUCUACUCCAAAUCGAGUUAUUAAAAUGUCUCCAGUGAAAACUGUGGUUGCCAGAGCUAAACAGAAAAAUCAGGAGUGUACUGCUGAUACAUCAAGUCAGUUUGUACCUGUAGCACAACUGAGUGAUAGUGUACCCUCCACCUCCAUUGCAGCACCAAAAGUUGCUUCAUUCUCUGCAAUACCUGGAAAUGGAACACCUGGUUUUUCCUUUACCGGUGUAAGUGCUGGUUCAAAAACAAAUGGAACCGAAUCUAUUGGUGUCACCGGUAUAAAUAAGCCUCAGUAUGAAGAUAUAACUCCACCUCAGACCCCAGACAAUAAAGUGGAAGUUGGAAUGAAAACUGCAAGCCCAUUACUAGCAUUGUCUUCAUUGGUGUCAAAGGUACCCACCACUACAGUUGGAGACACAAAUCCUCCAAGUGUAUCUCUUUCUGAUAGCAAGCCCAUUUUUAAGAAUACAUUUGGUGCAAAUUCUACAUCAGAUUUUACAAAAGUUCAGACAGCAGAUGCAGUGGUCCCUUCUUUGCCAGCGUUCUCUCAUAAACCUCUGUCAUCAGCUUCACUGAAAACAUCUUUACCAUCUUCUAUCUCAAUUUCUUUCACACCUUUUUCCCCACCAACCACUAACUUUUCUUCUACUCCAGUGGGAAGCUCUUCUGAUAAGACACCAAGUGUGUGUACAUCCACCAGUUCACUAUUUAAACUACCUUCUACUGUAAUUGAAUCUACUAGUGCAACUGAGGCUUCACAGACAUUUGUAACGCCAAGCAGCACGUUUUCCUUCAAACCUUCAUCCUCAGUCACUCCAACUGGUAAUAUGUCAUUUUCUUUUAAGUCACCCACACCUCCCAGCAGUCAGCUUACCUCAGCAACAACUACAAGCUCUGAAGGAUCGCUAACUGGAACUUCAUCAUUUUCAGCAAUGCUGUCUAAGCCUGGUAAUAUCUUUGGUGGUGUGAUUGCUGGAACAGCUGAGGUUGGUUCUGUUUCUUCCCCAGUUGUCACAACUAUAUCGUUUACAAGUCCAGGCUUACAAACUACAACCACCUCAACUAGUUUGUUUUCUACAAAUAUUGAAACGGCACCAAUUGUUGAAUCUGACACGGCUUCUUCAACAUCAGUUGACUCAGAUACAGCCUCAAAUGCAACAAUUGUAGCUGAUAAUGCUGGCUCUUCAGGUGGAUGUGAUGCUGUUGGACAGGAAGAAUCAGCUGCAAAUAUACUUGAAGGACAAACAUCACCUGCUACUGCAGCAUUACCAGUUCCUUCGAUAUCGGGAACAAUUACAUCCACCCCUAGCAUUUUGUACUCCAAAGAACAAGUUGUUAAUGUAACCAGUAAUGAUCCAGUUGAGUUACCAUCAUCUAGUGAUGUAAGUGGAAAGACUCAGGAGACAGAAUCCUCUAGUUUGUUUGCUAGCAGCACAUCCACAGCACCUCCAAAGCUUUUUUCAAACCCUGCAUCUGUUAAUAGUUUGUUUGGAAGUUCAACAGCUGUCUCAGCGAGUUUGUUUGGAGGUACUCCUAGUUUAUUUGGAGUUACAUCUACAGGAUCUGGGGGUAUCUUUGGAACAACAACAACUUCUGCAUCUGGUAGUAUUUUGGGAGGUGUAACUACAUCUUCAAAAAGUAUCUUUGGAGGUACAACUGCAUCCUCAACUGAAAGCAUUUUAGGAGGCACACCUUCAACUUCUACAAUUAGUAUAGGAACUCCCAGUAGUAGUACAACAACAACAGCUACAUCAGAUAGUGGCAUAUUUUCAAGUUCAACCACACCUGCAAGUGGAAGCAUGUUUGGUAUGUCAUCAGUGUUGUUAGGGGGUAGUUCAGGCACCAGUUCCAUUCCAUCUUCUGGUACUAUGUUUGCCAGUGCAGCAUCAGUACCAUCAUCCACAGGCAGCCUCUUUGGUACAGCUGCUGCUGCUGCCUCUGGCACCAGUACUACUACUUUUGGACAAACUUCAGCUUUUGGAGCCCCAACAACAUCGAAUUCAGGGUCAGCCUUUAGUUCUCUGAGUUCUGCUGGCAGUGGUUUUAGCUUGAACACAACUACUACAACACCAGCUGUUGGUUCUGCUUUUGGACAGACAUCUACUCAGGGUUCUACCUCUGUAUUUGGUCAGACCUCUCCAAGCUCGACUGGAUCAAUAUUUGGGGCCCCAUCCACAACAGGAUCAGUAUUUGGUGGUACAGAUCAAAGUGGUGCUCUAUUUGGUAGUCCUCCACCAAAAAGCACAGGAAUAUUUACUGGAACUUCUGCUCAGUCAUCAGGAUCAACUUUAUUUGCGCAGCCCAUCACAAGUUCAGGAUUCGGCAGUAAAAGUGAAGGAUCGGUAUUUGGCCAGAACUCGGCAGCAGCUGCUUCACCAUUUUCCACAGCCAGCACAACAAAACCAGAUUCUACACUGUUUGGAUGCUCUCCUGGUUUUGGAACAGGUACAAACAGUGGAGGAGGUUUCUUCAGUGGACUUGGCAGCAAACCUAGUGAAGAUAGUGCCAGCAAAAAUGUCUUUGGUUCCACCUCAUUUCCAACCAGUAAACCUCAAACUACUAACAGUUUGUUUGGAGGUACAAGUACAACCAAUAGUCCUUUUGGAAAUACUGGUGUAUUUGGAGGUAGUACUGGCAGUGGAAAUAGUAGCAGUUUCACUACUGGAGCAGGGCAAGUUAACCAGAGUGGAUUUGGUGUUACAUCACCUCAGACUCCAACAGGCUUUGGUGGUGGCUCAGCCUUUGGCAGUUCCCAAGCCUUUGGUGCUUCUCCAGCAUUUGGUACACCUCCAAAAUUUGGUAACUCUCCAACUUUUGGUGGCAUACCAACAUUUUCAACUCCAAUGGGAGGAUCCCCAGGUGGAGGUUUUAGCAAUUUUGCAUCAUCAGGUGGAUCGACAUUCGGAUCAGUAGCAAGUUCAUCACCAGGAACUGGCUCAGGAUUUGGAAGUUUCUCUUCUCAGAACAAUACAGCAUCUUUUGGGGGGUUAGCUCAAUCUGCAAACCAGCAGCAGCAGCAGCAGCAACAGCAGCAGCAGCAGCAGCAGCAACAACAGCAGCAGCAGCAAGGAAGUGCAUUUGGACCAGGUGGAGGUGGUUUUGGAAGUGGAAGUAACUUCUCCUCCUGGCGGUAAUAAUUGCAUAAGGAGGUGGAGACUCGUGGAGAUAAAUUUAUUAUAAAAUUUUAAUUGCAUUAUAAAUUUAGUUUUCCAAACUGUUCUGUUAUAUAUCUAAUAAUAGAGGUAGGAAAACAGAUCUUAAAUUCAUAACUAUAUUCUGCUCCUCAUAUUUAUAAGGUUUUAGGAAUACCGUACUGUUGGAUAUUUUGCUGUAUACAGUACUUUGAAUUUGUUUCAAGUCCUGUACUUGAAUUUGAAGUUCAUAAAUAUUGAGAAUGAUUUUAAUGACCCCAUAUAUAUAUAUGAGAAGGAUAUGAAAUAAGAUAUUUUAUCAUUGGUUGUGUUUCUAAUUUAUAAUUUACUUUCAUAGCUGUUUUGUCUGUUAGUAGUUGUUGUUUUCAGGAGGCAUAUGUUAUUGUCUCUUGAGUUUACUGGCUUUUGAGUUGAUAGGAAUGAUUAUUGUGUUCAGGGACAUGGUAAACUGUUUGUAGCAUUCUGGGACAUUGAGAAGUUUGCAUGAAGGAUUUAUCUUUGCCCUUCAGUUUUGUAUCUCUUAAAGCCAGAGCAUCCAGGUUCCUUCCCUUUAUUACUACUUGAUUCCAGCCACUCAACAUUAUGCAGGAGAAAACUUAUAUGUGUAAAAAAUAAAUAAAUAAAAACAUGACUAGA